UAUUAUAAUAUACAUCGUAUUCUGUUGUCUUUAGUUGGCUUAUGGCCUUAUCAGCAAUCGAAUAUGAGAAAAGUUCAAUGGAUAAUUUCUUCUAUUGUUCUCGCAUCUUCUAUUAUUAUCCAGUUUAUGAAAUUUCUGACAACUGAAUACAGUCUGGAUUUGCUACUCAAAGUUUUGUCAUUUGCAGUACCUUGUAUGGUGUUUGUUUUAAAAUAUGUUUCUUUUUAUAUCGGUAGUGAGACAGUAAGAUAUCUUAUGGAAAGUAUUAUAAGUGAUUGGAAUUCGUUAAAAAUCGAUAUUGAGAUUGAAAUUAUAAAAAAGCAUUCCGAUUUUGGACGGCUGUAUGCGUUGUUCUUUACACUAGCUGUAUAUUCUGGUUUGUUUUUUUAUAUGUUGAUUCAAUUUUUGCCAAAUUUUCUCGAUAUCAUAGCAUCACGAAAUGAAUCACGAUUGCAUAAUAUACCAUUAACAGCAGAAUAUUUUGCCGAUCAACAGAAAUAUUAUCUUCCGAUUUUAUUACAUGUCGACAUAAUAGCUCUUGUAGGAUUUACUAUCGUGAUUUCUACCGAAUCUUUAAUUACAGCAUAUAUUCGACAUGCUAUAGGAAUGUUUGAAGUUGCUAGAUAUCGGAUAGAACGUGCAUUGAAUGCAAGCACAUCGAUAUCACCAAUGUUAAGAGAAAAUAUGAUUCAUAUCAAAAUAAUUGACGCUAUAGAGAUUCAUCAAAGAACUAUUGAGUUUUUUGAAUAUUUGUCAUCUACAUUUUCGUUAUCCUAUUUUAUUCUAAUGAUUUUGGGUGUAAUUUCUUUAAGUCUAAAUUUAUUCCGUCUUUUUCAAGUUGCAAUAUUACCAGAUCAAAAAAAAAAUCUUGCAUCAUUUGUGAUAUUUGUAUCUGGUCACUUUUGCUACAUGUUUAUAUGUAAUUAUUUAGGACAGAAGAUAAUCGAUAACAGUACUGAAAUUUAUAAUGAAAUAUACAAUACACAAUGGUAUGCAGCGCCUAUAAAAACACAAAAGUUGUUAUUAUUUAUAAUGCAAAGGAGUAUAAAAUCUUGCAAACUUGUUUUGGGUGGUAUAUAUUAUGUAUCGGUGGAAAAUUUUACUACGCUUGCAAGUAUGUCACUAUCUUACUUCACAGUACUUUAUUCUAUGCAGAAAUGAAUCUUUGAAAGGAAUGGAAGCAUAGCUGUUAGUAACUUUUAUUUCAAGAUGAUAAUUAUCUUUAGAAUAUUCUAUACUGGAUUGAGAGAGUAUUAAAUUAAAUUUAAAAGAAUUACAGUUUAAUAUAUUUUUAGCU